GAAAAUUACCUGCAUAGCACUGAAUUCUUCUUCAAGCAUCUUAUAUAUAGGUACUAUGUGUGGAAACAUAUAUACCUUAAAUGUUGGAACUUUUGAAAUGGCUGAAAGUGUGAUUUACCAAGAUGUUAUUGUUCAAAACAUUCCAGAUGAUAAAAAAUUAAAGCAGGGUGCAGUAAAAACAAUAUCAUAUCACUCCAGUAAUCCAGAUUGUCUUCUUAUUGGCUAUCAACAAGGAUUAAUAACUUUAUGGGACACAAAAAAAUUGGUCGUCGUUAGUACCUUCAUCAUUAGUCAGAGUCUGGAAUCAGUGGCUUGGCAUCAUAAUGGAGACCAGUUUAUCAGCUCUUACAGUGAUGGUAGUUAUGUGAUUUGGGAUACUCAAGACUCUUCAAAGCCAUCUGAAGUGCCUUUGACACCAUAUGGCAUGUAUUUGGCAUUUUUUAUACUAAAAUGGACCCUCUUGGUAAAGCUGGGAGACUCCCAACAUUUCAUCUCCCAGUAAAUCUCCAAAUUUCCCUGUUUUUAAUUUAUCUGGAUUUAAAUUAUCUCUGUCAAAACAAUUCUUGAAAAAUUUUGAACUAAUAAUUGGUGAUGAAUAGUUUUGCUGAAAAAGAAAAUACUGUGAAAAAAUUGUGAUGAAAAAUUCUUGGGGGGGGGGCUAGUGAAGUCAGUAAUAUUGUCAUUUCUAAAUGGAAAUCAAGUUCAAAUUCUCCCUCCUCCCAAAAAGAUUUUUGGUAUAAUUUUUCUGAUUAAUUUUUAUUCAGUUUGAAUUGUUAUCUGUUAUAUAAAGAUUUUAGAAUGUUCUAUGAAGUCUUAAUAUAAUGUUUAAUAGGUACAAAUUUGUAUGUAAUCUUUUUUACUAACAUUUCACAGAUUACCCUUUUUUUAAAUUUUGUUUAAAAUCUUUGAGUGGUAAUAUGUAAGUUUAUGUACACUUUUAUUGUUAAUUUUCAUAGAAUUUAAAAUCAUUUUGAUAAGUGAAAGCCCCCCUCCCAUUUGAGUUUUUAUCAAUAUGAGUUCUUAAAAAAAUUGUAGAAUCUAUGGUGGUUGCUGUUGACUAGAAAAGACAUUGCUUCAGAUUUGCUAAUUUUAAGAAAGCCCUUUUAGUGUGAUCGGUUUGAGGAUCAUGUUAUUAUCCAAAGGUUUACAAGAUUCAAGCCUGAUAUAGAGCAAAGCAGACAAAAAAAAAAAAAAAAAAAAAAAAACAUUGACUUUCAGUGAUGCUGUUUAUCAGGAAGCAUUACUAUAAAUAAAUAAUGAAAAAGCUCUGUUUUGUAGGAUUCUGACUUUAGGAAAAGUCAAUUCUAAUUAUUCUGUUUCCGAUUCCUUGAAAGAAAGAGAUGUGUAAUAUUUUCCAUUAUAGUGAAGAGGCUUGCAGGCACUAAGGAUCCCUGAAAAACACUUCCCCUUUUAGUUCCAUGCAGGGGAAUAGAGAAUACUUUCUAUUAUUCUGAUAAGCCAUAUUAUUUCAGAUCCCAUUGGAAGAGAGGAGGUUUGUCUGAUAUUCUGCAGGAAAGCAGUUAAAAAAUUAAAAAAUAACAAGACUGGUGACAGAGUACUUUUGGGCACCCUUCCAAAUUUUCAGAAUGCAGUUUUAAAAAUUUAGAGUGUGACUGAGAUGAUUUUAAUUGACUGAGCAAUGGAAAUAUAAAAUAAUAAAUAAAAAGCUAAAAAGUGAAA